UACCAUUGUUAUUGACUUUAACAGUCAUCAUAAUAUUAUAUAUUGUUUUUAAUACUAUCAUUUGAAUAACGGUGUGUUGAAUAAAACUUUUGUUGGUACACAAUAGAAAUGAAUGAUUCCAUUGUGUAUAAACUAAAGUUACCAUGGAAACGGAUAUUUGUAUACAUUGUAUUAAUAUCAAGGAAGAUUCAACAUAAGUACAAAAAUGGGAGGUUUCUGUUGCAAAACUUCUGCCAAAGAGCCAAAAAAACUGGUAUACUCAUGGGUUGAACGAAAACACUUAGACCCUGCUGAUUAUGUGAUGGAAAAUUUGAACGGUUGUACGGCUUAUAAGUCUCCAGGGUCGAUUGGCGGUCAACAAUUUGUUAUUCGUAACUGUCAGGACUCCAACAUUUACUUGCUCGACCAUACAAGUUCAGUAACUGUAGAUGACUGUCAAAGAUGCACAAUUGUGAUAGGACCAACCAAACAAAGCGUUUUUGUGAGGGAUAAUCAUUCGACCGUGGUAGUUGCUUGUGAUCAGUUUAGAGUUCGUGACUGCGCGUCUUUGAAGAUUUCGCUGUUUUGCUCCACUCAGCCAGUGAUCGAAUCCAGUCGAGAAUUGCAAUUUAGUUGUUACCAGUUCUAUUACAACCAGUUGGCUGAUCAAUUUGUCAAAGCCAAUCUUAAUAUAUGGAAUAACAACUGGAAAACUGUGUACGAUUAUACAUGGAACGAAGGUGACAACUGGACUGUGAACGAAGAGCCAAUCAUUGUCGAGUUAUCUGAUCAAUUAAACAAGUAUGGAAUUACGAGUGAAUCCAAUAAGUCAAUAGUCCCUCUCACCAAAUGUAAUCAACAGUCUGAAGAAAAUUGCUUUGUUGCGUUUGGAUAUGAAACUGAAGCUUCACGAUUUGUACAAGCUUUACAGUCGCAUGAAACAGAUUUACUGUUGAUCAAAUGCAGUCAUAGUGAUGGCAAGGAUACAAAAGUGUUCCAAGAACGAGCCAAAUUGUUUGGAACUAAAAAAGUUGAAACAAUAAUAGGGCUACAAAUACAGGGCCCGCAUGCUAUAAAAAAAUGUUUAGCGAUUUUAGCCAAUGAUUUUCCUCAAUUCACAACAAAAAUCAGUACAACAGACAAUGAAGCCAAAGAACUAAUUAAAAUGUUUUUCCACACAUUCGAGAGUGAAUUUCAACCCUAAUCAUUAAAAAAAUUAAUUAAUUUCAUUUUUAUGUAGUUAUUUCAUUAUCUGGACAUGUUAAUAAUUAAUAUUAAUAUAAUUUUAUGAUAACAUUGUAAAUUUUGUUUUCAGAAAUUAUUUUAACAAUUUUUAAAUUAAUGUAUGUUUGUUUAAACAAAAUAAUUAAUGCACAAUAUUAAUUAAUUACAAUAUGAAUAAUUUUAAUUUUGUAGACAUAUGUUUUGAAAAAUUAUUUGUUAAUAUGAAUUUAUUUUCGAUAAGAAUUUAAAUAUGUAUUUUUUUUUUUAUUUAAUGAUUUUAACUGUACGUUUUUGACUGAAAAGAGAUAUAAUAAAUUAUAUUAUUAUAAAAAUAUAGAUAAAAAAUUAUUCUUAUUAAUUAAUUUAUAUAUGUUUAUACCUAAAUAUAAAUGCUUAGAGAAAAAAGAAUUAUUCAAACGGCUAUUAAAAGGAUAUGAUAGCACUGUAAGUUCUCUACCCUACAUACAACUUAGACAAAACAUAUUCAUGCAAAAUCGCUUUUUAUAUUUUUGAGGAGAGUACCUAUGUUAUAUUAAUUUGUCUAAAUAUUAUCUUAAAACUAUACACUAUAAUAUAAACUUUUAUUAUUAUAUUUUUAAAUAUGCUGUAUAUAAUAUAUUUAAUAUGUAUGGUAUUUUAUUCUAAAUUACUGGUCAUGAAAAAUGAUUUUACAUGAAUAUGUUUUAUUUAUGUUGUGUGUUAGAGAGACAACAAAUCAUACCGACAUCCUUAGAAGUCUGUUUAGGAAAAACCAUUAGAU